UCGGUGAUAUUUCUGAGGCUUUUUUGCUGCACUGACAGCGGCUUUUCUGGGUUUUUAUCUUCACCUCCGCUGUCACGUCACACCUGCCGUGUCCUGUCACAGAUAAUCUGCAGCUAAAAAUGUCCGACUUCGAGGAAUUUGAGAAACAGCUGAGUGAGAAUCGACAAGAGCGAGAAAGAGAACGACACAAGAAGAGGAGUCGCAGUGGAUCGGUGAGUCGAGGCGACAAACAUCGCAGCUGGAGCAAAGACCGCGGGAGUCGCAGCCGAGAGAAACGGAGCCGCAGCAGAGAUCGCAAGAGCCGGGAUCGCCGGAGCUCGUCCCGAGACCACAAGAAGCACAGUCACUCUCCAAGGAGAACCAGGAAGAAAAGGAUGUGCAGAUACUGGGAUGUUCCUCCUCCAGGCUUUGAACAUAUCACACCAAUGCAAUAUAAAGCUAUGCAAGCUGCUGGACAGAUACCAACGAUAGCUCUGCUGGCCACGUCCACCACCACUGGAGUGGCAGCGGCGCCCACACAAGUGCCCAUCGUUGGCAGUCAGAUGACCAGACAAGCACGACGCCUGUAUGUGGGAAAUAUUCCCUUUGGAGUCACAGAGGAAUCCAUGGCCGAGUUCUUUAACGCUCAGAUGCGACUCGCAGGCCUUUCACAAGCUCCGAGUAACCCUGUCCUCGCUGUACAGAUUAAUCAGGACAAGAACUUUGCUUUCCUAGAGUUCCGAUCUGUAGACGAGACGACGCAGGCCAUGGCCUUCGAUGGAAUCAUUUUCCAGGGUCAGUCGCUGAAGAUACGACGACCUCACGACUAUCGACCUUUGCCUGGUAUCUCAGAGCAGCCGGCUUUCCACGUUCCAGGUGUCGUGUCCACCGUUGUUCCCGAUUCUCCUCACAAACUGUUCAUCGGAGGCCUCCCCAACUAUCUCAAUGACGACCAGGUGAAGGAGCUCCUGACGUCGUUCGGCCCGCUCAAAGCAUUCAACCUGGUGAAGGACAGUGCCACGUCACUGUCCAAGGGUUACGCCUUCUGUGAAUAUGUGGACGUCAGCGCCACCGAUCAGGCCGUCGCUGGACUCAAUGGGAUGCAACUGGGAGACAAAAAGCUGAUCGUCCAAAGAGCGAGCGUGGGAGCUAAAAACGCAAAUCCUACCUCCAUCAUUGAGACGCCGGUAACGCUACAGGUCCCGGGGCUUCAGAGGCUGCAGAACUCUGGCCUGCCCACGGAGGUGCUGUGUCUCCUCAACAUGGUGAUGCCCGAGGAGCUGGUGGACGAUGAGGACUAUGAGGAGAUCCUGGAGGACAUCCGCGAGGAGUGCUGCAAGUACGGCAGCGUCCGCUCCAUCGAGAUCCCCCGGCCUGUCGAUGGCGUGGAAGUCCCCGGCUGUGGAAAGAUCUUUGUGGAGUACGUCUCUGCUGCAGACUGUCAGAAGGCCAUGCAGGCCCUCACCGGCCGCAAGUUUGCCAACAGAGUGGUGGUCACCAAAUACUACGACCCAGACAUGUAUCACAGACACGAGUUUUAAAUGUUAAACGACUUACCAUAACUAAUGAGUUUUAAAGUGUUCACUGUAUAAGAAACAAAAAAAAUGAAAUGUUUAGGUUCCUGAGCACAAACGUUCAUUUAGGUUUUUAAAACCAAACUUAAAAAGCCAUCACGAUGGUAAAAAAUAUGGUUUGUUUGUUUUUUAUUUUAAACACUCUUCUUCCUGCUUUAUGUCCCAUAUUUACGGUCUUUAAACAAACGGUAGCUUCGUCUUUUUCUGCGCUAAACGUAGACCAAAAUGCCGACUUUUUGUUUUCAUCCGUCAGAAGAAAUGUUUUUGUAAGAUUGGCCUCAGAGGUCAUUUUGUAAAUAAUGAAUCAUUAAUGACUUAUAAAAUGAUAUACAAUAAAUCAUGUUGUGCACUUUGGAAGCUACAGAAAAUUAGCUGAAUGGAAAAAAAAAAUAGAAUUGUUUUUGUUUUAUGUAUUUUUUUUUUAAAUAUCUCCCUAUUUGUCCAGUUAGUAUUUAUUAACUGUAACUAUAUAAUAUUUAUACUGUACAUGUGGGAUAUCAUUUACGCUAAUAUUAGUAUGUGGAGUUAGCUACAGGCUACCUUAAAAAAACCAACCAUAAUUAGCUGUUUUUUUUGCUAGCCUGAAUGCUAUUAGUGUUUAGGCUAACAUUAGCUAACAACACAGCUGGUCGUCUUCCAUUUUUUCAUAGAAAUUAAAUCACACAGUUUGAGAAGCCAAACAGAGUUUAUAUAAAAAUGUAAUAGUUUCUUUCUCCCUCGUCAAACACUUAACUAAGCUAGCUCCACGUGGAAAUAAACCCUUAAAUGUAAGGGUUUUCAUUGAUGGUGCCCCAAGUGGUGGGAAGAUUAGCGUGAGAGCUGUUAGCUUUAAGCACAGAAUGACGCAGGCUUUUGUAGUUUUAGAAAUUCAUGAGAUUUUUGAUGAUACGCUGCGUUCCGUUUACAUAAGAAGUCAGAACUGGAAGUAUCCACAUGUUCCCCGAUUUCCAGCUGAGAGGUUUGGGAAAACACAUGGAUGCAAAACCGCACUAGCCAUUGUUAGCCAUUGUUAGCAAUAACAUGUCUAUGGUUAAAAUGUGUACAACAAAUUUACCGUGAAACAAAUACGACGUGAAGUAAUAUUAAGAGUGAAAGUAUCAGUGCUAAUAUGGUAGCCGACGUCUUGGAAUCCCAGGGUCAGGGUCGGUUUAAUUUCUCUGAGUUUCCGAGUUCCUGAGUUUUUUUACUUUAAAUGGAACACAUAUUAGCUUAACUUGUUAGCUAGACCCACACUCUCUCACAUCAACUGACUUUAAAAAAACAACAACAUUUAAUUAAAAUUAAAAAACAGCCACAGUUUUUUCAUAGUAACAGUAGUUAUGAAGGACGUGGCUUAUUGUGUUCCUUGAAAUAGCAAUAGCGUACAAUUUGUUUUGUCAAAGUUAUACAAAAUCAACCGUAAAUAAAGAAAAAAGAUAUGCACAUGUUGCAAAAUGCACUUUUAAGUUUUUGUCAGUGGCUGACUAACUUUGUUUUUAAAGCUUUAUUCGUGUGUGAUUUUGAAGAAACAUGUGGAAGAUAUUUUGAAUGAAAUGAAUGUAUUCAUUAAAAAUGUGCACACAGAGAGAGAUUUGAAAUGAAUGAAUAAAAAUAAAGAAAUCAAGUUUUAGUGUAAUAAGAGUAACCAGACAAAACAAUAAUAAUAAAUAACUACUGUAUUUUAUACAUUUUUGAAUGGCCAGAAAUUUUGAAUCAUUUUUCUUUGUACAGUCCUGUCACUGCCGUCGCCUUGGAUUAAUAAAUGCUUGUGUUCACCGUC